GUGGGAAGAAGCCUACCAUGGGAGUCAUACUUCAGGGAUAGCUGCAGGGUGCCCUGUAGAAGGUGCCAACGUGUUUGGACAAGCGAAUGGGACAGCCACGGGAUCGCGCCUAGAGCCCAUGUGGCAAUGUACAAGGCCUGUGCAGUGUCCUGCUAUGAUGGUGACUUAUUGGCAGCAAUCGAUGCUGCUAUUGAUGAUGGCGUUGAUCUGCUGUCAAUCUCCAUUGGACCUGAAUCUCCUUUUCCAUUCUACUACGACGUGAUUGCAUUGGGUGCAUUUAGAGCCAUUCAAAAGGGUAUCUUUGUGAGCUGCUCAGCUGGAAAUGAUGGACCUUAUCCGAGUACAGUAACCAACGAUGCGCCAUGGAUUCUAACCGUCGGAGCGAGCACGAUCGAUAGGGAGAUCAGAGCUACGGUGAAGUUGGGGAACAAUGUGGAGCUCCAUGGCCAAUCCCUCUUCCAGCCUAAAGACUUCCAUCCACGGCAGCCACUCCCAAUCGUCCAUCCUGCUGCAAUUAGCAAUAAUGAAUCAGCAGCAGUUUGUGAGAAAGGGUCACUGAAGAACAUUGAUGUUAAAGGCAAGAUAGUCAUAUGCCACAUGGGACAAUUGAGAAUCGAGGAUAAGGGUAAAGAAGUGAAGGACAAUGGUGGCGCAGCCAUGAUCGUGUUCAACGAGCAGGAUGAUGGAUACACUACUCUUGCUACAGCCAACGUCCUUCCCGCAUCACACAUCAGUUACAAGGAUGGAUUGGUACUAAAAAAUUACUUGAUAUCCACGCAAUCUCCCACUGCAACAAUCUCAUUCCAAGGUACCUUGAUUGGCAAGUCACAACCUGCUCCACAAAUGGCCUCCUUCUCUUCCCGAGGUCCUAGCACGCAAUCUCGGGGGAUCCUGAAGCCCGACAUAGUUGGCCCCGGGCUCAACAUUCUGUCUGCUUGGGGAGUCUCAAUCGACGAAGCUACGAACCCAUUCAAUGUGAUCUCAGGAACUUCAAUGUCAUGCCCACAUUUGAGUGGAGUUGCAGCUCUGAUCAAGAGUGCUCAUCCAGAUUGGUCCCCUGCAGCUAUCAAGUCGGCCAUUUUGACCACUGCCUACACCGCUGAUCUCAAUGGCAACCCGAUCUCCACCGAGCAGAAUGUUUCUGCCACAGUGUUCGACAGGGGUUCGGGUCAUGUCCACACAUUGAGGGCAUUGAACCCUGGUCUGGUUUAUGAUAUCGAGCCGGAUGAUUACAUUCCUUACCUCUGUGGGUUGGGUUACAGCGAGCAGCAGGUGAGAUAUAUCGUGCAGAGAAAGGUGAAUUGCUCGACUCCAACUUUGAUACCGGGGGCUCAGCUGAACUACCCAACAUUUUCGAUGGUAUUGGGUGCCGGUGAUCAGAUGACUUACACUCGAACUGUUACUAAUGUGGGUCGGCCUUUCUCGACGUACAUCAGUAAGGUUUUGUCGCCUCAAGGGGUUGCUGUCAAAGUCAUGCCUAGUGUGAUCAGGUUCAAAGAUCUCAACGACAAAGCGAGCUACACUGUGACAUUUACCAGGUUGGAGAAUGUGACGAGAAGCAGUAUCAUUGGCCAAGGUUCCUUGGUCUGGAACUCCAUUGGUGAUGAUGGAUACAAGGUCGUGAGUACUAUUGCUGUCGUCUUUGUUUGA